AUGCCGCCGCGCUGGAAGACCUUGCUCUCUCGAACGACGCACGAAUCUGCAACGCAUGAAAUCGAAUCACCCUCGCAGUCGACGCUCAGAGACUCGGUGAUAGGGUCGCCAUCAGGCGGGCCUUCCCCGCGCGCGGCAAUCCUUGCCUCGGCGGACGCCAACGACGCCUUUACAGCAAUGUGGCGCGACGCGCUAGACGAUUUCGACGACGUCACUGGCGAGAACAUUAGUAGCGGAAACUCCGACCUAUACAAGCAAUUGCAGGCCUGUUCUGACUACGCGUCUAUCGUAAAGAUUCUGGAUGGGAAAGCUUUGGAAUUCAAGGCGUAUCGUCGAGGGUCGACCAACGCCAUGAAGAUGCGCGCCGCUUUACGCCCAGUUGUCUGCGCGAUCAUCAACAUGAUAGACAUUGGCGCUGAAGCUGCCGCCUCAAAGGCUGUGCCCGGAGGGAAGGCCGUGUUCGUAGCAAUAGCGGUGCUCUUCAAGACUGUCCAAGGCGUCAGCGCACGUUUUGACGCACUAGUGUCCCUGUUCGAGAAGUUUGAUUCUUUCCUGGAGCGUUUGGACGUUCGCCUCAACGCGCCCUUUGAGUCAGCCUCUCGCGCCCUUGCCGUGAAGACUCUGGCGAAGAUGGUCAGGACUCUGGCAUAUGCCACGCAGAUGAUGCGCCAGAAUCGGUUCAAACACUUCUUUUCUGUUCUGAUUGGUCUUGGGGGUGAUAUAGCAGACAUCACCGAACGUACUGAGAACCUCAUGAUCGAGGAAACUCGAUUGAGUCUGGCCGAGAUUCACAUACGAAUGCACGGUCUAUCGGAAGCUUUCAUGUCUACCCUGCAUCAUGUCGAGAAUGGCAUGGAUCUUUUGAACGAGAGGAUCGAUGCUGUAUCCUUGGGCGUGACUGGAGUAUCAGAUCGCCUGCACGGGUCCGGCUUAUACGAUAUGCCCCACCGCCUGGACGCAUUCAUUGAGCGAUACGAAGAGGACCGCUCUGACGAUGGACCCAAUCGCGUCGUCGAACGUAGCAUGACUACCUUCCGCAACAAGAUGACGGUGCAAACUACGAUCAUCUCCUCGCGACUUGGCCGUGUCGAGUCAGCGCUGGAGUCACUCGGCAAAGAUCUAGCACGACCUUCCCCGGCUGUCAGUCAAUGGUCCUCGAGGAUAUCAUUGCCAUGCGCGGACCUAGUCUCCUUCUCCCGGAUGGCGUCGGAGAUCCUCUCUUGUUUUCGGGACAUGUCUCCGGAAGAGCAGGCUACCUUGCGGCAAGGCAUAAUCGCAUUAUACGCUGUAACAACGGCCUCGGUGGUGGCCGGAAGUCGCGACAGAUCCACCGACGUUCUGUUGAAGGGCAUCUUGAAUCCCACCACCAUGCUGUCUGGCUUUCUUCCUUUGAUACUCGCUUAUCUCGCUGUGUUCGUGUUCUGGAAGCGAUUUGUCUGCCGAGUGCAGGUCGGGAUUCCCAACGGUCCUGGCUUUGCGUUAGGAGAUAGUAUCAUCUUUAUCGACGUCUCUGGGACACACUAUGUGCUGCGGCCGGAGAGGCUGAGAACAUGGGAGGCACUGCACGACUUCUUACUUGAUCAGUAUGAAGAUCGCGAGGGCAUUGAGUUCAUCAGGUCGCACGCGUAUAGGAUCAUGGACACCAAUGGGGACGAGUCCGUCAUCAAACGGCAGAAUUGGGGGUCAGUGCGGGAAGGCAUGACCCUUGAAUUGAGCUUUGCGGUUCGUCAGAAAAGGCCUUCGUGUCUGUGGUGCGGAGAAUAUGCUGUAGCCCACACGCGAGUGGGUUGGGUACAAUGCUCGCAAUGCGGACGACGAUUCUGGGUCUCCAAGGACUACGAGAAUGGCAUCAGCGAACCCGCUCGUACUAUUGAACAACCCCGUUUAGCGCGUGCUAGUUCUUCGAAGAGACGUGUGGUGUCACAGUCGACCUCGGACCCUCAUCUGGCCGUUCCGUCGUACCGCAGAGUCGCCAUAGUGUAUACAAAGGAGAAAUCUCUGUCGACUGGCUCGUACGAUGGCGACGAUAAAACUAUGGCGGAUGACUCAGAGAUGGACUCUGCUGAUGCCGGCAGUGAUCUCGAGAGCACAGACAAUGACCUCGAUGACGAUCGUUCUCCGGAAGAUGCUGGGUUUGACCUUUUCGAACACCCGGUGUCUGAUUACGAAAAGCCAUUCGCCGGUAUAUUCAACAUGGACUUUGAAGAUCACGGUCCAAACGUGAGCGGAGAAGAGGGAGAUGUUCACCCGGACUCCCGCGACUCAACUUCUCCCACUAACCAUGCCAAGAUCCUGGCCUCUCCCUUCUACCCCGCACCUGAACCAGAGAUCAGGGCAUUUCUUGCGACCCAACAUGCGGACACGGUCAUCACUCAUACGUUUGGCAUCGCUGUUUCGGUCGAUCGCGCCUGGCAACUCUGUUUCUCACUCGCUCAGGGAAACUCCGAUCUCUCGUCACACGUAUCCAUUCGCGAGUACAUAUAUGGAUCCUAUGGUCGUGCUUCUCGCUUUACGUUCGGAGCUCCAGCUAUGAGCCCCUUUGUCAACUUCUACUAUAAUGAGGAAGCAUAUCAAGACCCACCUUUCACUCGGGAACACUGUGUCGAAAUCCAAUACUGCCCAGCGGACGAAUUUCCCUCUUGCCGGGAAUGGAGCUCCUGGAGACCUAAUUAUACGUCAUUGGAUAUCUGGCACUACGUUAGUGCAUAUGUGCAGUCUCUAUCAUUGGAUAUGAGGGCGCAAGAUGGUGGGCGUAUCAUCAAACAGCAUUACAUGGAGGGCCCGGAGCAUCUCAUCUCGGACGUGCUCCCAUUCUUUUUCAAUCAGCUGGGCUCUGGUAUAGGGCUCGACAGCAAGGUCGAAUUGGUCGGAAACUACAGCUACGCACCCGUCUCUGACCGCCUGGCGCUGCCCUCACUUCGAGUUUUCAUGCAGUUCAUCGGUUACCCGUCGUUCGAAGCCUCGAUUCAGACAUUCCCACCCACGUCCUUCUUCCCGAUCACAGUUCAAGACUUCGCGCGACAAGUAGUCGACAUUGUACGGGCCUAUGUGCAGAGUUUGGAGUCUAGCGUCCUCUCUUUGUCGCAUCCUCGCGGCGUGAAAUGGAGGUUCGGGACUGCUCCGGGAACCGUUGGAGUUCAAGAUGUAGAGUUGCUGGGGCUUAUUUUCGUCUCCCGGGACACUGUGAUGCCGCUGCUUCAAGUACGACCGGAUUACUCUCUCAGUCCCUUACUUUCGAAGGACGAACCUAUGGUUGUAUGA